AUGGUCACACUCUCGUAUCUUAAGUUACAGAGACUUUCUCACCUGCCAAAAAUAAUUCAAGAAGGUGGCAGAUGUGAAGGGAAAAUUGCCAACAGCACAAUAACACCAUUAGAAGACAACCGGACUUUUAUUAUAUCCCCCUACUUUGACGACAGAGAAAGCAAAGUCACCCGUGUGAUUGGGAUUGUUCACCACGAAGACGUGAAGCAGCUCUACUGCUGGUUCUGCUGCCAGCCCGACGGGCAGGUAUACGUAUCCAAAGCAAGAAUUGACGUUCACUCAGACAGGUUUGGAUUCCCGUACGGUGCAACAGACAUAGUUUGUUUGGAACCCCAAACCUGCGAUCCGACACACGUAUCCAUCCAUCAGUCUCCGCAUGGAAAUGUCGAGCAGCUGCCCGUGUUUGAAAUCAAGAACCGCAAGGCUGAGGGCUUUUCUGUUGACUUCACCGUGUGCAUCUCGACCAUGUUCGGGAACUACAACAACGUCUUGCAGUUCAUCCAGAGCGUGGAGAUGUACAAGAUUCUUGGGGCGCAGAAAGUGGUGAUCUAUAAGAACAACUGCAGCCAUCUGAUGGAGAAAGUCUUGCAGUUUUAUGUGGAAGAAGGAACGGUGGAGAUCAUUCCCUGGCCAAUAAACUCACACCUCAGGGUUUCUUCUGAAUGGCACUUCAUGCAGGAUGGAACACACAUCGGCUACUAUGGACAA